AUGCCCAAGGGACGACCAAGGUCUCAAUACCUCAUUCUCGACAUGGAUGACAUCUGGCUCUUUCCCAAGUGCUACAUCUGCAGUGCCAACUUCGACUACCCCGCAGAAUGCAAAAUUCGUCCUGGAGUAUAUUCCUAUAAGGAUGAUUUCGAGGUCUUCUGGGACUAUGACGCGUGGAGUCACUAUUUUCGUCUGAGCAAGUCACUCACAUAUCCAUCCCAAUCGCUCUUUCUCCAUGACCCACAGAUGGAUCUGUGUCGGAUCUCUGGCAUCUCAUACUACGUCCACGAAGACCACUGGCACGCUACAACACUUUCUGUGCCGUGGGAUGAAAAUAUAGCCAUCGUCGACCCCACUAGCAGAAAGACUAAAGGCAAAUGUUCCCUUGCGGAAGCCCAUAUUCCCAGGGAAGGAAGAACCGUGCCGGGCAAUAAGAUGUCUGGAUAUAUAGUCCAUGCUAGCUGCUGGGAAUUGCUUCUCACACACAAAGUAUGGGAGUCUGCAAACAUGGAUACGAAGGUGGUACUGGGUGCACUUUGGAAUAGGUGUAUUGAUGACUGGGGCGAUCCUGAUGGGCCCGAGUUUGAAUGGACUGUUUUAGACUGUCCCUAUGACCCGGCCUCCAUCCGUGUUAUAAACGAUUUGAUCGACGAAGCGCGUCAAAGAGCAAAGAGAGUUCAAGCUAAGCGUAGGGCCCAGAAGCAGGAAAGGUCCUUAGCCAAUCGUCUUCCGAUUGAGAUAAUACUCUCAAUAGCCGAUUACCUUCCCUCAGAGGAUGUUGUUAUCGUCCAAAAAAUGAUUGGGCAAUAUAUGGGAGACAGGUUCUGGCGGUCUAGAACCCCUCAAGACAACUUUUUCCAUGAAGUCAGAGCUUUGGCUAGUGAGGAACAUGAGAUUACCAAAGUCGACUGGGAAUACCUGUGCAUGGGCCUUGAGGAACUCGAUCCAAACUUCGGAAUAGACCUCCUUGGGCGUCAGUAUAUCUUAGCGAUGUUGGAUGAUGUGAUUCCUUAUAUACCCCAGAGCCAUAAAUAG